GCGUUCAAGUUCACAAAGUUCGCACGCACUCGAGCCUCGAGCAGCAAAUCGAAGCAAGAACGAAACGAUUGCCGUGCAUCCUAUCGUUAAAACAGGUUCUUCCUCAUCUUCUUUCGGGACAUCCCGGAUCGAAAUCGGACUGACUUCUUCGAGUACCACAAGCCGAAACGAAUUACGAUGACGAUUGUCUUCAGUGCUGUGAUCUGGUGCGGUUGAAUCGGAAGGCUUUUUCGAGCUACAAAGCGCAUCGACGCAAACAACGACCGUUCAAUGUGGAGCCCUAAUUGUCGACCUGCGUGGAAAUGCAUCGCACUGAUCUGGAUCUUGGCCACGCUAAUUGCACCUUCGGCACAACAACUCAGUUCAUUUUUUCGGGAUCGUCGAAAAGUGUGCAACUACUACGAAUGGAAGUGCGACAGCGGCCAGUGCAUCGAGUCACACCAACUGUGCGAUGGAGUUAUCGACUGUAAAGACAAAUCGGACGAGACAUCCAAGGCGUGUGCCUUCAUCCGGUGCCCCAGCUAUGCAUUCCGUUGCCAGUAUGGAGGCUGUGUCGACGGGAAUGCAAUGUGCAACGGAAUAAAGGAAUGCGCCGACAAUUCGGAUGAACAUCUACACUGCCCAGGAUACAGUGACGAAUUGUUCGCGGCUGGCAAUUGCUCAAACAUCGAGUUCCAGUGUCAAUCUGGCCAAUGUAUUCCGAAUGACGGGGUUUGCGACGGCCGGCCCGACUGCGAUGACGAAUCGGAUGAACAGCAGAAACUGUGCAGUCUCGUAUUUUGCCCGUCGUUUUCGUUCCGCUGCAGCUAUGGGGCGUGCAUCGGAGGUUAUGCAAAGUGUGAUGGAAUCCUGGACUGCCGAGAUGGUUCCGAUGAAGAUGAAAUACUGUGCGGAAAACCAUUCCCAUCGACAACGCCAAAGGCGGUAAGUUCCACGACCAGCACUACCACAACGACUACUCCUUCGUCAGUGAUCCAGGGACCCGUUGGAUCGUGUGUGGUGCCGAUGCAGCCCCUUAAUGGACGAAUAGUACUAGAUGAAUCGGCUCAGGAUGUUCUAAUUGGGACUGGCGAGUACAUCGAGAACUUCAAUUCCGUUUUUGUUGUAUGCGAUGAAAAAUAUACCAUAAAGGGAGGACCAAGCAAUAUUUGUCUGGAUGGAGAAUGGUUGGAUCCCUUUCCAAUUUGUGAACGUUACUGUUCGGAAGUUCCAAUCAACGGAAUAACCGUUCAGCCAAUUUGCGAAUAUCAACGAAAGCAAAUCACCUGCAAACGGCCGCUACCGCCCACCACUAAAGUUAGGAUCGAUUGCAAAGUCGGGUAUCAGAAACCGUUGGGUUCGGUCAACGAAACUAUCAAUUGUGUAGACGGCAUCUGGGACAGUUCGGUGUUCCGUUGUGAACCCACCUGCGGAACUCCAACGCCGGAUGCCGAAGCGUAUAUUAUAGGAGGACGGAACGCUUCCAUAACGGAGGUUCCUUGGCAUACGGGAAUUUAUCGCAACUUGGAGAACGACACCAUUGACGACCUUAUGUCGGACGAUUGGUACUACAUAUGUGGUGGCACGAUUCUAACCGAACGAUUGGUGGUUUCCGCAGCGCACUGUUUUUGGGAUGUGACGUCGUUCUAUGAUCUACGAUCGUUCAUUGUAACUGCAGGGAAGUACCGCCGAGAGUUGAAGGCAAUUGAAUCACUCCCGGCGCAAGUGCUGCGGGUGAGGGAACUUAUCACACAGCCACAGUAUCAGGACUUUUCCGGGUACUACAAUCUGGAUAUUGCCAUAAUAGUGCUGAGCGAUUUUAUUGUGUUCAAAUCGUACGUGAGACCGAUUUGUUUGGAGAGGAAUCUACGGACUGAAAGCGAGAAGAAAAUUAAGCCCAAUAGUUUGGGUCGAGUGGCUGGUUGGGGGUUGACUACUUCCGGGGGAGAGCUGAGCCCCAACUUGAAAGUGGUGGACAUUCCUACGGUGGACUACUAUACAUGUCGAGAUUUUUCGCCGGUAUCGUAUCGGCCAUUUUUAACUGGAGAUAAGUUCUGCGCGGGUGAACCCAAAACAGGGACUAGCGUCUGUCAGGGCGACAGCGGCGGAGGUUUUGCACUGUCCAAGGAAAUAUCCGAGGAAACCGUCUACUUCCUGUACGGAGUCGUGAGCUCGGCUCCUCGUUCCGCUAGCGGAAGCUGCGACAACACCAAAUACGUCGCCUUCACCGAAGUGCAAAACUACAUCCCCAUGAUCCUGGACGCCGAAAGUCGAUUCCCUGUGAUAUGAGAGGUAGCGAUGAAAAUAAAUGAUUAAAACACAA